AUGGCAGCGGGAUUUAACCUGGGGAGGAUCUUGGUUCGUCUUGUUUCUGGCAAACCGGACGGUGGUGAGCUUCGCGAUGUGGAGGUGUUUGACGCCACAAUGAAGCACAUGACAGGUUGGUACGCCAUCGUCGGCUCCGCAGCUCUUGCCGUCGUGCCGCUGUUGUACACAUCAUUGCGAGCGUUAGCAUGGAGGCGAAGGGCAUUGAUUGUGCGGACGGCCCAGUCUUUCUCGCAUAUUUCUGCGGACUCCAAGGCCGUUGGUCAGAAGCCGAGCUGUUCACCGUUUCUCCCGACUUCACGGACGGUUUUGGCCGCACGGCGUAUUAUCGACGCGGAGCGAGCCACAGAUGUGGAAUUCGCAAAAGCAUUUUCCGCGGAAGUGGUGUGUGCGUACGUGGAUGUUGUUUUCCGGGGUCUUAUGCGAUUAUACUGUCGGCACUGUAUUUUUCACGUGUGUGUUUUUCUGGUGUGCACUGCAGUUGGGGCGCAUGCCGGUGGUCGUCUGGCGAGCAGUGAGAGUGUUGGUUGCUGUAGUGUUUCUACUGUUACUGGCGACACGGCGGUGAGUCUGUCAGUUCCCAGCCUGUUUCGGCGGGUGUGGCUUCACCUGCGUCAUGGGGCGCUGCUGCGGUUUGCUGCGGAGGGAGUGUCGACUCCAUACGCGUUCUUCAGUUUUAGUGUUUCGACUCCUCGAAUGCUCGAGCGGUGCUUUCCGUGGAUUGGCGUUCUCCAUGACGCCGCGUCCCGCUAUUUCGGCCCGGGUGUUUACUUGGACAGUCGUUGGAGGUCCCCUGAAGUGGCAGACCGCGUUUGGCGUGCGAUGACCCCAAAAGGUUUUGCCGCAAUGUGGUGUUGUCGUUGUGUGACGGGUGUGCUUCAAACAAAUUGCUUUAGAACAAGAAACGGGCCCGCGGAGUAUUUAUUUCAGGUAUCUGGUAAGGAGCAGGCAUCCUGUGAGGUCCACUAUUCGGGGGAAGUAAAUGCUGCGGAUACCGAAGGGGAACGGGAGCAUGAACCCUCCUGCAUGAUGUCUUGGCUGCGUCCUCUGACUCUCUUUGUGAUGCGCACGGGCAAAACAUCCAUGGUGGUGUUUGCCGUGACAUCAUGUGCCUCGAGGACAAAUUUGUCGUGGCUGCCAUUUCCAUGUGCCGGUGGCCCACAGUAUGUGGCGUUGUGUUACACCGAGAUGACGCUGAUGUUAUUGAGCUUAUCGUUUUUUAUCUUUUCUCCCCCGUUGAGCCUUGGAUCACUCACCGCAGCAACGCCAUGA